AUGAUGAAAGGAUGCAAUUUUAACAUAUUGAAAGGAACCCAUGUUUCCAUUGCUCUGCUUACUCUGGGUUUUGUAACUGUAAUGCUUUGGGCUUGGGAGAAGAAUCCUUUUCUUGCUACCCUUCUAUUGGCCCAGCAAAAUUUUAGACUCCCUUCUUCAGAGUUUCUUGUGGAUUCACCAAUUAAUUCUUCAGUUUCCAUGAGCCCUAAAGGUCAUAGAGAGGAAGUAAAUGAGUCAAUGCUGACAAAAGAAACAAAAAGGGUGGGAGAACGUAAUGCUUCACCAACGACGUCUAUAACUACAUUCACUUCUGAAGUUAAAGAUAGUGAUGGGGAGGAGUUAUCCACGUCCAAAAACACAGAUUGUAAUUAUGCCAAGGGUAGAUGGGUUGCUGACAGCAGGCGGCCAUUUUAUUCUGGGUUUGGAUGUAAACAGUGGUUAUCAGGAAUGUGGGCUUGCAGACUAACCCAACGGACAGACUUCUCUUUUGAGGGAUAUCGAUGGCAGCCCAAAUAUUGUAAAAUGGCAGAGUUUGAGCGGUUCUCAUUCUUGAGAAGAAUGCAGGAUAAAACAAUUGCAUUUAUAGGAGAUUCUUUAGGCAGGCAGCAGUUCCAAUCCAUGAUGUGUAUGGCCUCCGGUGGGGAAGAGAGUCCAGAAGUUGAAGAUGUUGCAAGGGAAUAUGGACUUGUCAAACCUCGUGGAGCCAAGCGUCCUGAUGGAUGGGUUUAUCGGUUCCCAAAUACAAACACCACCAUUUUGUAUUACUGGUCGGCAAGCCUGUCUGACCUAGUGCCUAUUAACAGCACAGACCGAGCCUCUGAUGUUGCCAUGCAUUUGGACCGUCCGCCAGCUUUCCUAAGACGAUUCCUUCACCGAUUUGAUGUAUUAGUUCUAAAUACAGGUCACCACUGGAACAGAGGGAAGCUUACAGCAAACCGUUGGGUGAUGCAUGUGAAUGGGAAGCCCAAUGACAAUAAAGAACUUGAAGAUGUUAGGAAUGCCAAGAAUUUCACAGUGCAUAAUGUUGUCAGGUGGUUAGAUUCGCAACUUCCCUCACACCCUCGACUGAAAACAUUCUUUAGGACCAUCUCUCCAAGGCACUUCCAUGAUGGAGAUUGGAACACUGGGGGUACUUGCAAUAAUACAGUACCUUUGACUGGAGGUAGCGAGGUCUUGCAGGAUGAAUCUAUUGACAGAGUAGUUGAGAGUGCUGUUAGGGGUACAAAGGUAAAGAUUUUGGAUAUAACUGCCAUAUCUCAACUCAGAGAUGAAGCUCACAUGUCUGGUUACAGUAUUAGGCCAACUCAGGGUAUCAAUGAUUGCUUGCAUUGGUGCCUACCUGGUGUACCAGACACCUGGAACGAACUCCUUAUUGCACAGAUAUAGGGCCGGAUGCAUUUUUAUGAAGACACAAUACACAAGCUGGUAUUCUUCCCAGUUUAAAUGACCUCAAUUCUUUCAUUUUCUCCUUUAAAAUUUUUUUUUACCCGAGAAAAUGGCAUCUGAAACCUUAAUUUCAGGUAAGAUUGGUUUUAACAAGCUGAGGCUGUCAUAAGUGAACAUGAUUACUGGUUUGAUCAUGUAUGUACAGUGGGGCGCUAUUAAUAUAUAAAAAGAAAAAAAAGAAAAGAAAGGAAUCUUCAUCUCUUACUA